GAAUCUCGUUACUGCUCGCUGCUGCAUCCCUAUCCCACAAUGCUUUGCAUAGGCUGCUGCAGUCUUUCAGUACCAGCUUCCGAAGGUAAAAAAUGAACCGAAUCGAGACCGAUCGGGGACUCCAAUGUAAUCGAUGACCCAGAACUGAUUUUUUCCCCCCCUCCUCACCUGAUGACGACACAUCUACUAUCUUCUCACUGCUGCGUUUUCCUUGUACGUCACUCCAGCCUCUCUCAUUAAUGCAGCCUCCUCUAUGGAAAUGGCUCGGAUACUGUGAUUCGCUUUUCCCUGCCUCUCCCAUCUCGGCAUCUGGGGAUCUCUUGUAGCGACAAUAGUUAUGCUGAUUCCACUGGGAUUUUUCCUACCUUCUAUCUGCGACAGUUUUGCUGCACUGGCUCGUUGCUGACUCCUCUUUAUUUGUCUACGAUGAUGGUGUGCAAGGUGGAAGGGAACUUAACCCACAUGUCAGUGGUCUAGGAUGGCCAGUGAAGGCUCCAAUAUCCCUAGCCCUGUGGUGCGCCAGAUCGACAAGCAGUUUCUAAUCUGCAGUAUAUGCCUCGACCGAUACAAAAAUCCCAAAGUACUUCCUUGCCUUCACACGUUUUGUGAGAGGUGUUUGCAGAAUUACAUUCCAGCUCACAGCUUGACCCUCUCUUGCCCAGUCUGCCGCCAGACCUCAAUUCUGCCCGAGAAGGGUGUGUCUGCACUACAGAAUAACUUCUUCAUUACUAACCUGAUGGACGUGCUGCAGCGGAGUCCAGAUAAUGGUAUAGAAGAGUCCUCCAUUCUGGAGACAGUGAAUGCUGUUGCUGCUGGAAAACCUUUGUCAUGUCCCAAUCAUGAUGGAAAUGUGAUGGAAUUUUACUGCCAGUCAUGUGAGACUGCUAUGUGUCAAGACUGUACUGGAGGGGAGCAUGCUGAGCACCCCACUGUGCCACUCAAAGAUGUGGUGGAGCAACAUAAGGCAGCACUGCAGGCUCAGCUGGAUGCCGUCAAGAAGAGAUUACCAGAAAUAGACACGGCAUUGCAGGUUGUAUCUGAAAUCAUUAAUCAGCUUGCAACGCAGAAGUCAAGCAUUGUUGAUGAAAUUCAUUCAACUUUUGAGGACCUACAAAAAACAUUAAAUGUUCGGAAGAGUGUUUUACUGAUGGAAUUAGAAGUGAACUAUGGGCUAAAACAUAAGGUCCUCCAGACCCAGCUAGAUACGUUAGUAGAAGGACAGGAUAACAUAAAGAGUUGUAGCACUUUUACAGCACAAGCACUUAACCAUGGGACAGAGACGGAGGUAUUACUAGUGAAGAAACAGAUGAGCGAUAAGCUAAACGAAUUGGCAGAGCAGGAUUUCCCAUUACAUCCUCACGAGAAUGACCAACUGGACUUCAUAGUGGAAACUGAAGGCUUGAAAAAGUCUAUUCACAAUCUUGGAACUAUACUGACCACAAAUGCUGUAGCGUCUGAAACCGUGGCUACUGGUGAAGGGCUGAAACAGAGUGUGGUUGGUCAGCCUAUGUCUGUUACAAUUACUACAAAGGACAAGGACGGUGAACUGUGCAAAACUGGGAGUGCCUAUAUUUCAGCUGAGUUGUUUACACCUGAUGGUAGCAUCACAGAUGGAGAAAUUCUUGACAAUAAAAAUGGCACCUAUGAAUAUUUGUAUACAAUUCCAAAAGAAGGAGACUUUACUCUAUCUCUGCGACUGUAUGAUCAGCAUAUAAAAGGAAGCCCAUUUAAACUGAAGGUGGUGAAGUCUGCUGAUGUGUCCCCCACAACAGAGGGGGUCAAGAGGAGAGUGAAGUCUCCGGGCAGUGGACACGUCAAGCAGAAGGCAGUAAAGAGGCCGGCAAGUAUGUACAGUACAGGCAAAAGGAAAGAAAACCCAAUAGAGGAUGAUUUGAUAUUUCGAGUAGGUACAAAAGGAAGAAAUAAGGGCGAAUUUACUAAUCUUCAAGGAGUAGCUGCAUCCACCAAUGGAAAAAUAUUGAUUGCAGAUAGCAACAACCAAUGUGUCCAGAUAUUUUCAAAUGAUGGGCAAUUCAAAAGCCGCUUUGGUAUUCGAGGGAGAUCACCAGGACAACUACAGAGACCAACAGGGGUUGCAGUGCAUCCAAGUGGUGACAUCAUUAUAGCAGACUACGACAAUAAGUGGGUCAGCAUAUUCUCCAAUGAUGGCAAGUUCAAGACAAAAAUUGGAUCAGGAAAAUUGAUGGGUCCCAAAGGUGUAUCAGUUGACCGCAAUGGGCACAUAAUUGUGGUUGACAACAAGGCAUGUUGUGUGUUCAUCUUCCAGCCCAACGGUAAAAUAGUAACGAGGUUUGGAAGUCGAGGAAAUGGGGACAAGCAGUUUGCAGGACCUCACUUUGCUGCUGUAAAUAGCAAUAAUGAAAUUAUUGUUACUGACUUCCAUAACCAUUCAGUUAAGGUAUUUAAUCAGGAUGGUGAGUUUAUCUUGAAGUUUGGAUCAAAUGGAGAAGGCAAUGGCCAGUUUAAUGCACCAACUGGAGUGGCUGUGGAUUCCAAUGGAAAUAUAAUAGUAGCUGAUUGGGGAAAUAGCAGAAUACAAGUUUUUGAUGGAAGUGGAUCUUUUUUGUCUUACAUCAAUACUUCUGCUGACCCACUAUACGGUCCACAAGGACUGGCUCUGACUUCAGACGGCCAUGUUGUUGUAGCAGACUCUGGGAAUCAUUGUUUUAAAGUUUACCGGUACUUACAGUAAAUGGACAGACACAGUUUUGUGGGAUUUACUGCACUCAAUAUGAACCAAUGGAACUUCUAGCAAGAUGGAUGGAAGUGAUCUCCAAAUGACUUUCUCUUAUUUAAUCUCCAUGUGAUCAUGUUUACGUUUUGGCGAUGGCUCUUGUCUGUGUCAGAUUGCUUCAUCGCUACACACUGAAAAGUGAACUUUCCAGUGUAAACUAGGAUGCCAUUAACGUGUUACUGGAAACUUUAAAAACACUCAUCUUGUGCACUUAGGACUUGGAUCUCUUAGGCUAAGUUCACACCACGUUUUUGCAAUACAGUUCCCGUAUAAGUUUUAAAUUUAGGAACCAUAUUGAAAACUGUAUGCAUUGACUCUCCAUUGAAAACUGUACGCCAAAAGAGGCAUCCGAUUGUGUCCAUUUUGCAUUCUGUACGGUUUUGUCCGUUUUUUUCCCGUACCCAAAACCAUAGCCUACCACGUUUUUUUGGUAUGGGUGAAAAACCGUAUAUUGAAACAUAUAAUAUUUUUCAAUGGGAGUCAAUGGGAACCAUACAGAACCGUAUGUGCGUAUGGUUCCAUCCGGUUUUCACCAUAUGGUUUUUGACUUUGAACAGGUUUCUUUCUUGGAAUUUCAAUCAGACAAGUGAAACUUUAUUCAUAAUGGAAUGAAAAGAUAAAAACGUAUGCAACCGGACAUCAUUUUUCAAACCCUAUAAGGUUUUCAACCAUAUACGGAUUAAAAUUUGUACACAUGUUUUGAUACAGUUUAGUCAGGUUUUAAGGAAUCCAUUUUUUUAAAUCAAAAAUCUGAUAUGGCAACUGUAUUGCAAAAAUGUGGUGUGAACCCAGCCUUAGAUGAAGAACUCAUGGACCUGGUGCUCCUCUAUGGAGCUCCCACAUUCUAUAAUCAGUUGUUGUCAAACAUCAUUUGCCCAGCACUGAAAUCCACAAGUCUUCUAGCUCUGUGUAUCCUGGUAGGUAUUGUAUUUAAACAUAGGAAAAAAAACUUGGUCUUAAUUAACAUUAAUGUAACAUAGUAAAUGUACACGUGUUUUCAAAACCUUUACAAACUGUUGUCACAUUUGUAAUAAUACCCUAAGUCUUCUCUACGCGGCCAUUUACAGUUUAUGUGCACUUCUAUUUAUCCUGUGGUACAUUGAUAAAAUAUCAUGAAGUAUAUGCUGUUUCAUUUCAUGCAUCUUUUCCAUUUUUAUACAAAAUAGAAAAACAAGUUCAAAUGAAUGUUGAUUGAGUACCCCAUGAUGGGUCAAAUUCAGAUGACUAUGGAGCUAUGCCUUAUUGAGAUGCCCAGAGAUACCAAAAUUAUCCACUUUGGAACAUUGGGGGAGAUUAAUUGAAACCUGUGUAGCGAACAGUGGUGCAAUUGCCCAUUGCAACCAGAUUGCUGCUUUAAUUUUUCACAGGUCUCUUUAAAAUGAAAGUAAAAAAUCUGGUUGUCAUGGGCAGCUGCACCACUCUUCCUCUGCACAGGUUUUGGUAAAUUUCGCACUUUAUGUGCUUUCUUUUCAACCUAAAACAUCCUUACUUACCAGUUAGUGAAAACUAAAAUUGCUAAGUGAAGCCUUGUAUGGGAUUAAUAGCCAUAAGAGUGUAGACUUGUACUUAUGGAAUAAAUGGCACUAAGUCUGUGUUCACAUCACGAUUUCUCCAUCCGACUUGAGUACACGAUUUUAUAACUUAAAAUAGUCUGAAAUCGUAUAUAAAGUCUGAUCCAUGACCUCCAUUAAAAAAUCGGAUCCAUUAUUCAUAACCGAUUUGAUCCGCAUACGAUUUCACAUGAUUUUUGUUCGGGUCUGAAAUCGUGGUCAAACCCGAAUUUUUUUAUGUAGGUUAAUGGAUCCGACUUUAUAUACACUUCAUAUGAUAUGUUAUAAAAUCGUGUACUCAAGUCGGAUGGAGUAAUCGUGAUGUGAACACAGCCUAACAAAAAAGGAAAAAAAAGGUAAUGAGCUAUUGUAAUUGUACAUUUCAUUGCUUUUGUUAAAAUUUGCUAGAAACAAGAAAAGCUAUUAGCCUGGGUUCACACGGUGCAGGUGUGAGCUUUUUUUCCCCCUGUGAAUAAGGCUGGGUUCAAAUGCAGGGAUAGGGUGCAGUAUGGCAAAAUCUGCAAAUUGCUGCUGUUGUGUGAUGUGGUUAUUGGCUAAGCAGUUUUCUCAUAAAAAAAAUAAAAAAAAUUGUGCUGUCAAAAACCUUGGCAAUCCAGAGUAAAACAUGUGCAUGUGAACCCAGCCUUAUGGCCAGCAGAAUGAUUAUUAAAGGUCUUAUUUCACAGAAAUAGUGGACGUUGGUAAAACGUAAAUCAAAAAGUUGGAGGCACUGUCAGGUUGAAUAUCUGCUGUAUUUGAAUUGAAAAUUAAAAUGUGUUAACCUUGAAAA